GGAUUAAUAAUUUAUCAUAUACGAUAUAUUUAUUUUAAUUAAGAAAAUAGUACUCUUGCGUAAAAUCCUGGUUACGUCAGUGACUGCUACUAUCAUGUAUUCAAUUAUCGUACGGUCUUGGCAUAUUCAUACCACCAUACAUGUAUUCAAUUAUCGUCCGUCUAUCUAUAAAAGGACGCCCGACUUUUUCUGCAAAGCAUAACAAAUAUACAACAAAACGAAAGAAGGAAAAAAAAAACAGAGUGAGGAAUGGCUUCCACGGAUAAGAAAGCAUUCGGCCGAUCAAAAGUCGGAGUGAAAGGGCUGGCGGAUGCAGGAAUCGAAGAGCUGCCUCCAAUGUUCCACGCGCCACCGCACCUGCUCAGCGGCAGGCCCGUCGCUCCAGCUGACGAUCCCGAUUUCGCCCCGCCGGUGAUCGACCUGAAAGGUGCGAGGAUUGUCGAAAAGAUGAGGGACGCCGCAGAGAAGUGGGGGUUCUUCCAAAUCGUGAACCACGGAAUCCCCGCAAGUACCCUGGAGGAGAUGAAAGCCGGAGUCCACAGGUUCUCCAACCUGCAGGAAGCUGCCGCAGCUGCUGAUCAGCUCAAGAGGAAGAAGGACUCGUUUGACUACAGUAACUGGGACACCAGCAUUUCCCCAACUGUAAACUGGACCGAUUUUUUCCUCUUCGAAAUGGCGCCGAAUCCGCCCGAGCCGGAGCGGGUCCCCGGUUGCAUCAGGGCCAUUCUCGCGGAGUACUGUGGGGAGAUGUUUAAGCUCGGGGACCUGCUUCUCGCCUUGCUCUCGGAGGCUCUGGGUCUGCCUCCGAAUCACUUGAAAGACGAGGAGCACUGCGCGGAAGUGCUGGGCAUAGGCGGCCAUUACUACCCACCAUGUCCUCAACCGGAGCUCACUUUGGGGAUUACCCAGCACAGCGAUGUUGGCUUCAUCACCAUUCUUCUGCAGGAUCACGUCGGAGGUCUUCAGGUUGCUCAUCGGGGUCAUUGGGUCGAUGUGCCUCCUAAACCCGACGCUCUGGUGAUCAACGUCGGAGAUAUGCUUCAGCUGAUAUCAAACGACAAGUUCAAAAGCGCGGAGCAUAGGGUUGUGCUGAAGAAAAAUGGCGGACCCAGAGUAUCCAUCGGUGCGUUUUUCGGUUACGGGCCUCCAUCCGUUACCAGAAUAUACGCACCCAUAAAGAAGUUAUUGUCGAAAGACAAUCCUCCAAAAUAUCGGGAAACCACGAUUCAAGACUUCUUCACCGGCUCCUACAACAAGGGCUUCGAUGGUACCUCGUACCUACCAAAGCUCAAGCUCUGAGAAGAAGUGUGUCCCUAUGAUAUGAACAUCAUUGCACAUGCACAAGCUAGGGUGUUUCAGUACAUGCAUGGUGAUUAAUAAUGCACCGAAAUAAAAAAGGGAAGAAGAAAAAAAAAAGACAUAUAUAUGCUUUGUGUAAUAAAGAUUGAUCCGUCUU